AUGGAAGCCUUCGUGCGGGAAGCGUUUAUGCUUCUCGGCAUUGGUCUGUUUGUUAUUGGCCUUCGCCUGUAUGUUCGGAUUAGUGCGGUAGGAUGGAAGCGGCUCCAUGCUGAUGAUUAUCUCAUGGUUGUGGCGGCGAUAGCGUACUCGAUCGAGACAUAUCUCGCCUAUUCGGUGGGGGCAUUUUGGCACGGGCUAGCCAACAAUGCCAUGACGGACGAGCAGCGUCGGCUGCUGGACCCGGGGAGUGAGGAGUACCACUUGCGAGUCAAUGGCUCCAAGACGCAGGUAGCCGGGUGGUCGACUUACACGUUUUUGCUUUGGGUCAUCAAGGCGGCCAUGUGCACGUUUUAUCUCCGUCUUACGGACGGUCUAGGUAUGGAGAAGCGCAUCUACGCCGGCUUCGUGCUCAUCGUGGCGACUUGGAUUGCUGUGUUAUUCUCUAUUCUCUUCGGGUGCUAUCCGUUCGAAAAGAACUGGCAGAUUUACCCCGACCCUGGGAACGCCUGCCAACCCGCCAUCUCCAAGAUUGACAUCUUUGUCACGGUCGUCCUCAACGUCGUCACAGAUCUCUAUCUACUCAGCAUCCCCAUCCCCAUGCUCUGGGGCUCCUCACUGCGGCCAAUGAAGAAGGCCGGUCUGAUUUUUAUAUUCUCCGGCGGCAUCUUUGUCACGGCAGCGGGUAUCCUGCGUUGCGUCCUCAUUCUCACCGACCCCGUCAACGGCGCGCAACAAGCCGGCUCCUGGGCCGUCCGCGAAACCUUCGUCGCAGUCGUCACCUCCAACCUCCCCAUGGUCGCAUCCGUAAUCGCCAAAUGCUUCCGCCCCAUCCUCGGCACCCUCCGCUCUCUCUCCACCUCAGCCCACAAUCACAACAAGCCCUCCAAACUCUCCGGCAGCGACGGCGGCAUGGGAUUUCAUCUCGAAAACAAGAACCCGCGCCGCGGUAUGGGCCCGCGCAGCGUGCACCCCAUCCCGAAUUUCACGAUGAACGGGAGUGAUGAGGAGAUUUAUGGCGGUGCGGCUGGGGGCACUGAUGGCGAGAGCGGACAUACCACGGCGUAUGACGAGACUGAUCUCGAGGCUGGACAUCACCAUCAUCAUCAUCAACAUCAUACCCACCCUCCCCAGCAGCAACAGCCACCGCUUCCACCAAAAACCUCAGGAUCCAUCACAGCCACCGUUCCACCGCAAUCCCCAAUCCGUGAAGGCGUCAUCGUCAAGCAGACAUCUGUCGAAGUAGUCGAGACCACAACAACAGCGACAACAAAAAGGGGGGGUAUGCUGGUGGGUGCGGGUAUGGGUAUGGGUGCGGGUAUGGGUAUGGGUGCGGGUGUGGAGGAUGUGGGGGAUUAUUAUUUGGUGAGGCAGUCUCAGCGGGAUGCGGAGAGGUUGGCAGAGUUGGCGCAGGGGCAAGGACAGCUAGGCGCAGGGAUAGGGGGGUUGAGGAAGGGGAGUGUUGGGGGGAGGUAG